AUGCCUCUCUUCGCCCUGGACCAACCGCAUCAGUUGGUGGCGUCGUUCGGUAGUAGUAUGAAUGGCAAGGGCUCAGAGUCUCCGGCUCUCGUUCCCAGUGCCACGUAUGAUACGCCCCAGAUCAGUGUGACGUCGUCCAUAACGUCUGACAACAACCUCAUCUGUCGCUGGAAAGCCUGCAACCAGAAGUCCAUCACUACUGAAUUGCUCUAUGAGCAUAUCUGUGAGCGCCAUGUUGGCCGCAAGAGCAGUAACAAUCUCAACUUGACUUGCCAGUGGGGCUCUUGUCGUACUAGCACCAUAAAGCGUCACCACAUCAUCUCGCAUGUCCUUACUCAUGUAGCCCUGAGGCCUCAUAAAUGUAGGUUCUGCAGCAAGACCUUCAAGCGUCCCCAGGACCUUAAGAAGCAUACCAAGAGGCACGCAGAUGACUCAAUCUGGCACCAGACGAGACAAGAUUCUGGGCUGCAACUCCCCAGCGACAUUUCUCAGCUCGGCUUUCCGUUGCAGCCUCGGCGAUCCGCUUUUCUUUCUCUUAAGGGCGACUCAACUGUAGACCUUACAGGCUACUGGGGCGGUGACAGCCGGAUGCAAACUAAUGCUCCCACUUCCCGUCGCCCUACCGGGCACCCUAGCGGCUAUCACGCUUCACAGUCCUCCAUCCGUCAUGGUGCUUACUCCGCUCAACGGUCCCUGAACUACUCACGUAGUGGGAACACCAGUUACAGCGCCGUAUCUGGAAGCUCUAACCGCAAGUGCACCUUUAAAGCGGUCGGUACAAAGCACCCCGAGAUUAGCACCUCAUCUUAUGCUCACAUUGACUACUCCAUGAUGUUCCCGUCCAGUUCCUUGGCCAUUCGCAACAACUCAAUGGUUACCAAUGAGCAGCACAUGCCUCAACCAGCCAGUCUAGUUAUGGUUUAUGGAUGUCCCGCUGCCAGUCAAAACCCACCGGCGCACUAG